UUUUGAUAGCGAUCGCGGAGUGUAAACAUGGUUUGGGAUCCGACGAAAAAGCACAACGAAAUGGAAAGAUGGAUCUGCAUCUAUCCAGUGUACAUCAACAGCAAAAGGAGCCUAGCGGAAGGUCGCAAAAUGCCACUGAGCAAGUGCGUGGAGAAUCCAACUCACCAGGAGAUCCGUGACAUUCUCGUCAGUGCUCGCAUGAACGUCGGCGUGGAGAACAAAUUGCAUCCCAAGGAGCGCAGCAAGGAGCUCCUCUAUCGCGGACGCAUUCGCGUACAGCUGAAAAUGGAAGAUGGCACUCCGUUCAAUCCGGACUAUCCGACCAGAAAUUCUCUUUUGGAGUACAUAGGCACUAGCAUUCCGAAGCUCAAGACUAGGCAGGGAAAGCAGUCGGGUGGAGAACAGCAACAGCAGCAACAGAGCUCGUCGAGUGGCUCUAAAAAGGGAAAGGGCAAGGGGCGCAGAUAAUGUUGUCAAAAGUGAACGGAAAGUUGUUCAGUGAAAGGAUUUUCCAUGAUUGCAGCUAGUGUUUUUUAUACUGUGAUUCAUAAUAUAUAUGUCAAUAUAAACUAGUGCAAAUCUCUUCUUACUUUCACUACUCUUCAGUUUAAUGUUACAUUAGUUUCAAGUACUUUUUUUUUUUACUUAUUAAUUUUUAAAGAGACAGUUUGAAGUAAAGAUUUGAUGGUUGUUACAAGAAAAAAAAAAUAAAAAAACCAGGAUUAUUUGUAUAAAUUUA